AUGUUGCCAUACCUGAGCGUGAACGAUUUGCUGAACUGGCGCCUGCUUUCGCAGAAGACCAGAAGCCCCAAGGCCUUGCUGCAGCACGUGGCCGAGAUGGGCAGCAUGGAGAGGCCAGCCUCAGUCAUCGCUUUUUCGGACAGAAAUCGCGUGAAUCAACCGGAUUCGGAUACUUCCAUUGCGGCAGCCUUCGCGGGCGAUUUCAAGUCGCAGAAACUUUACGAGUGUCGGAUGUGGUGCGUGGCCCUUGCACGUAAGCGAUGGACCCAUUUCGCAGAAAGUGACGUCCUCAGCAUCGUGGGCAAGAACCUCCAGAAUUUGCUUCGGCACUUCCAAAGUGCGGAUGCUUCUCUUGUUGCUGCCGCCCGCUAUGUUCUGUUCGACUAUGCCUUUGAUGGCCUCUACUUUGUGCAGCAGCGUGUUGCAGUGGUCAUGCUGGACCGGUUGGAAGAUUUGGUGGAGUCCAGCAUAAUUUCCAACCUUAAAGAGAUAGUGGUAAUGACGAGACAGCUCAAGACGAUGCUGCGGUCUAUGAGCACGGCUCAGCGUCGGAAGUGGGCGUCCCUGUUGGUCAAAAUGCUGCUGGACCCUAGCCUUCGCGAAGAGCCAGUGAUCGAGGAGCUGAAGAUACUAUGGCUGGUUGAAGACAAUCCCAGGCGAACUUUUGCAGAAGCCGAACGGCAGCUGCGCAUAUUCGCAAAGUCCGCCUCAGCAGCUGUGCGGCGAGAGAUGCAGGACCUCAUUGGCUGA